AUGAGGCAGCAAUACCAGACCAGUCGGAAGGAACUCGAAGAAAACUACCGACACCGGGUUCAGGAGUGGAAAAGACAAAAGCAACAAGGAAAUUCCGCUCGACGACCUCGGCGCCAAUCUAUUCCUACUACACUCGGCAACAACGGAGAGUCAGGCUCGUGGAGAAUGCAGGCGACAGUUACAUUUCCGUACUGGGAUCGCCAUACCCAGACAUUGGAGCCGGGCACCUUCUGCCGAGCCUGCACCUAUCACUGGGAGGAUGGAAAUGCGAAUGACUGGAGAUGCAUGGAGACCAUAUGGGAUCUACAUCCUCCUAGCCGGGAGGCCUAUUUCCGGGCUUUUCUGGAGGCUGAACUACCCCAACAUUUUCUCCAUUGUGCAGCAGUGAAGGCAAACUAUGAUUUCCGAGAACUUUCACUAACAAGAAAGGAACCUAGGAGAGAAGGAACCGAUUUUGUAGUAGCACCGAAGAAGAUCAUUGCUGGAUGA